AUGUUCACCAAGAACAACAGACAGCAAAAAGCCUACAUCAAAUAUGAGCAGCUCAACAGAAACCCCAGCGUCGAGCUAGACUCACCGCGCUUCAUGACCGACUCCCCCAGUGAAGGUUACAACAACAAUGGCAACAACCAAGAUGAAAAGACCCCUCAAGCAAAAUAUCGGUUCCCCCCAAACAAACAAGUAAUCGCCCUCCUCCUCGCCCUAUUCGGCCUCCUCGACCUCGCCUACCGUGCCUACGAGCUCACCACCACCCCCCAACACCAACACCCACACCCACACCCAACGAGCCCCAUCUCCUGUAACUGCGGCGAAACCAUCGCCGAAGCCCUAGCCAAUAACUGCCGCUACGACUCCUUCGCAGCAGCCUGGCUCCCCCCCGCCUGCCGCAACGACGAUCUCAUCGAGCAAUUCGAGCGCGCAGGCCCCAACCCAGACGGCAGCUGGAAUUACUACGCAGACGCGAACAAGACGCGCACGCUGACCCUCGACGAGGUAUCGCGGCUGCCUGAGACGAAGGGCUCCUUCUACACGACGCACCGGUGGCAUCUUGUGCAUUGCGCUUAUUACUGGAAGAAGAUGUUCCUGGCUGCUGAGAGGGGCACUGUCAUUGAAAAAAGGUAUAAUCGGAUGGGUCAUCUGGAUCAUUGCGAGAUGAUGUUUUUGGCGAGGGAUCCGUUGGAGAGUAUUGUUACUGCUGCUGGGGUGGCGCUUCAUUCGGAUGUGCUUGUUGUGAAGGGUGGUGGUGGUGAUACUGAUCAUGAUCAUGAGAAUAUGCGGACUUAUUAG